GAUUCGGGUAUCGACAAGGACUGUUUCACAAGGCUUUGGAAAAACUGGAUUCACAAGAUUCUCCAUCCAGUGAGCGCGUUCAUCGUCGUUGAUGUCCAGAAUGAUUUCAUUUCGGGAUCGUUGGCGCUUAUCAACUGUCCGGCCAAGCAAGAGGCUAGUGCAGUAGUGCCAGUGAUCAACAAGUUAUUGUCUGAUGUGAAAUUUAACACUGUUGCGGUGACAAAGGACUGGCAUCCACCCAACCAUUGCUCCUUCUUUGAUAACCUAUCAUUGAGGAAGCUGGGUUCAAGCUGUAAGCCAGCAGCAGAGGUCCAGCUGUUUGACACGGUGACAUUCGACGAUAAGUACAAGUGCCAACAGAAGAUGUGGCCGCGGCACUGCGUGCAGGGAAGCUGGGGAGCGGAGCUUCACCGCGGUCUCACUGUUCCAAACGAUGCUGUGAUAAUAAAUAAGGGUAUUAACCCGGACUUAGACAGCUACUCCGGUUUCUGGGAUAACGAGAAAGUCUCGCAGACUCCUCUAGCUGAGAAGCUGCAAGAGAAGGGCGUCACCCAUGUUUUCGUUUGCGGCAUUGCCUGGGAUGUGUGCGUUGGUCAUACAGCACAGGAUUCUUUAGACUUUGGCUUCAGCACUGCACUUGUUGCUGAUGCUCUCAAAAGUGUAGACCUGGAUGAAACUAAAGCUAUGAGCGACAGUCUAUGCAGGAAGGGUGCUGUAAUCAUCGAUUCAUCGCAGGUCAAAAAUAUGGUGUUGGGACUGGAUAGGAGACCAGAGAUGGCCAUAGCUGCUAUGAGAAAUAUGAAACUAAAGUAAAUUCCUAAACGAUUCUACAACAGCCACGCUGAUGAUUUGCGUACUAAAUACGUAGUGAUAUAAGAGGUAUAUAUAUAAAAAUGUGAAGACUAACAACUUGUGAUAAGGACAUUAUUUUAUAGUGCAGUACAAUAUUGGUACUUGUAUCACAUAUAUUAUAGAUUUAUAUAUACAGAUUGUGCACUGCUAUAUUUGGAAAUUAUCAUGAAAAGCAUCGCAUUGGAUGUUUUUAGUAGAAAUUUAUAUACUGCUCAUAUUUUCCAUUAAACAUAAUCUUAUUAUCCAAUAAACUUACGAGAUAAAAAGAUGAUGGGUAAAUCUUCUGACUCGACUUUUAGUCUUUGUUAUUCCUAACUCAGGAAUAAUUAGUAUACUCAAUAACUGUGAUUUAAAAGCCUAUAAUAUUCAUGGUUACAUGUCAUAUCAAUUGAUUAAGGACAUUGACUAUGGUAUGUGAUGGAGUUACAUUAAUUUCCCAUUGUGAUCAUGAAGGGUAAUUUUACUGUGAGGGGGGCAAAGGGGUAAAAAUCAUUAUCAUUUUAGAAGGCAAACUAACCAAUUGAUUAUAAAAUAUAUUGCAUGUAUUUUUCUGCAUCAAGCUAAGGUUUUGUAGAUCGUGUUUCUUUUCCCACCAGCAUGCGAUUCAUGCAAUACUGUUAAAAUAUUAAAAUGUAAAAUAUAAUCAGGAGUCUAUCUAAAGAUUAUUGACUAUUGAUAGACUCCUGAUUUUAUACUGCUAAGCUGAAUAUCAUAUUUACCAAGGUCGGCCACAAGGUAUUCCAUUAAAAUGGAUAAUCAUAAAUGAAUUGGCUUUCAGUGUAAAAUGAUUAUAUCGAACAAUCAAACUGACAUGAGCUGAGGGGCUGGUACGUUUUCAUUUUGUAUCUGGUAAAAAACAAGACAGACCGGCUACACGUGAUUCUAUGUGUGAUUUUUGUAAUGUAGAAUUUUAUAUUCGUGCCCUAGUGAUAUUUUAUCGUUUAGGUCGAGUUUUAUACACGUAGAUAUAGGCUACAGUAUUGUCUAGAAAUGGGAAUGAUUAUAUACGUUAUAUCAGGAGUGACAUAACAGACGUAAUUCUUUGUUUCCAGUCUAUUAUAUUAAUCCUGAUGAUAUAGAUUACAUUUUAUAUUUUGUGUGCAUUUUCGUGUAAUAAAUUUUGAAAUAACUUCUCUAA